AAGUAUUGCGGGGAUGUCGGACGUGAACUGGCAGCAGUACUGCAAGGAGCAGGAUUGGAACUGGGUUUGUGCGUUAUUGAAUAUUGCCUUCGAGGCAACUAUGAUCGCAAUCUCUUUCGGGGUAUACUACCUUGUUUGGAGGAGAACGAAGGUGAAGAAGAGUAUCAUUGCGAGGGGUGGGCUGGCCCCUAGUCCGGCAUGAAGCGCACCGAUGAAGAGCCUAUGACUACGCACACACUCGUUGUAUAGCUAUAGCUGUUGUACAUGUACGAGAUCCGAAUGUCCAAAACUUCGAGUUCGUCGAGGACGUGGUACUAUUUAUAGAAGCUUGCCGCUCCGGGAAAUUCGGGGAGCCUUUUAGUAUGCCA